AAACAACUCAUCGCUAUACAUAACUUUGCAAACCUUGGCCCAAUACUACGUGUUUCCAAGAACACCGACGCACUCAGUCGCCGCUGUCUGAGGUGAGUGGUAGCCUAGUAGACCAGGCCAAUGCCGCGCUCCAAGGGGUCGAAAGCAGCCAGUAAGAGAAAGCGUGCAGACGACACGGGUGGCGCAACAAUAGGAACGAGUGACACUGCCAAGUCACACGAAGUCGAGAAGGAAGAGGAUCUUACUACAGCCCUUCCUUCGAGUGCCACCCCUGUCACUGUCAAGGUGGAUGCUGUACAUUCCCCAGCUAAGCGGAAGAAGGUUGAGGCUGAGGAUCAGGGGCCUGUUGAUCAACCUCAGGGCCAGGCCACACCACAGUCCCUCUUACGGGACUUGCUCGCCAUGACAGACAGAGUCAGACAGGUAGGGGUGAAGACUGUGCUGGUGGUACAAAAGGCAGAAGAAGCAGACAUGAACGAUGCGAAACUGUUAAUAGAAGAGGCAGCAGAAGCACAGGUGGAGGCCACGGCACAGAUGGUUGAGGCAUCAAGCGUGUUUUUGACGGUUGCCACGAGUGCAAUAGAGAAUGGCGAGCGUGGACAGCUGUCGAUAGCUACUGCCUUGGCAGCAGUAGUUGUCGGCACUUAUAUUGUGAUCCAUCAUUCGCAAACCUUACUCCACCAAGCGAAGAUGGACAUGCUAGAAGAAAGAUCUUCUAUCGACUCCGACGAAAGUCAAUCCGUGUAGUGCGUACAGGUGGGCCCUACCAGAUACUCGGAUACAUUGGCAGCGCUUUUCCUAUGGAAUAGUAUUUGUGUCAGCACCUGCACUUGUGGUUUCGUGACCCUUCUCUCAGUAUAUGUAUCGGAGUACCAGGGUUUUGCGCCGUCGAUGGCACAGAAAAAUCUAUUACGUUCAGG